AGAGAGAGUCUAGAAAGACAACUCACCUCAGAGUUACAGAGCAGAGCCUCUAUGCAGAAGCGCUUGAAGAAAGAGAAAAAGUUGAAGAGGAAACUACAGGAAGUGUUGGCGUUUGAGUCCAAGAGGAGGGAGAGAGUUGAGGAUGCUCUCAAACGCUGGUCCUCGUCCUCGCUCUCUCCUCCCAGCUGCAGCAACGAUAUUGAGGUACCAGAAGAUGGACCUGAACUGAAUGGUAACCAGCAUAACAAUCCUACAAUCCAAGAAUCCUGUUCGUUCCUGAAGACCCCGCUACCGUUCUAAUUACAUCGCUGUGAGCUCAUCACAGAACACCCGGCCUGUUGCCACGACAGCCUGGAAAGGGAACAACUCUCCUGUUUGGAUUGACUGAAAGGAGAGGAGAGGAGAGAAGAGGAGAGACGUUUAAAAGAUGGAGAGGAGAGGCGGGACGUUUAAAAGAUGGAGAGGAGAC